AGAAGCAAGAAUCGGAGUUGCAUCGGGCCCCGCUUGUGCGCUCGCAUAGACUAUAGCCAACACUGUGGCCUCGCCUACCCAGUCUACUCUCCUGCUUUCCCACCACAAUAAAGGAGACUCCUCGCCCCCCCUCCCCCCUCUCUCUCUCUCUCUCGGUCUUGCUCUCGCUUGAAUUAAAUGACACUUUGUUAGGCUCAAAAAUUUUCCUCGUUUCCUCGGCACGAAAUCUGGUCCGUUUCUUUUUUAUUCGCCCUGAAAGCUUUCGAUAUUCAGCUGUUUUUGCUUAACCGGUGAAAAAUGUUUCUUCGGAGAAGGCAUACACAGACGGAUGAUUCCGAGCAACGGGAUGCAAAGGUCAGUGAACUCAAGACUGCUAUAGGGGCCCAGUCUGGACGCAGUUCAAAGUACUGCACCGAUGCAUGCCUGAGGAGAUAUUUGGAAGCUCGGAAUUGGAAUGUUGACAAGUCAAAGAAAAUGUUGGAAGAGACAUUAAAGUGGCGAUCAGCUUAUAAGCCAGAAGAAAUCCGCUGGCAUGAAGUGGCACAUGAAGGAGAGACUGGAAAAGUUUCCAGGGCAAAUUUUCAUGACCGUCAUGGAAGGACUGUGCUUAUAAUGAGGCCUGGGAUGCAGAACACAACAUCAGCAGAAAACAACAUCCGCCAUCUGGUCUAUCUCUUAGAAAAUGCUAUCAUGAACCUCUCUGAGGGCCAGGAACAAAUGUCCUGGUUGAUAGAUUUCACUGGAUUUUCAUUAAACACCAAUAUUUCUGUCAGAACAGCUCGUGAUAUCAUUUACAUUCUACAAAGCCACUAUCCAGAGAGGCUGGCCAUUGCUUUCUUGUAUAAUCCACCAAGGAUUUUUGAAGCAUUCUAUAAGGCUGUCAAGUACUUUCUGGAUCCAAAAACAGCUCAAAAGGUGAAGUUUGUUUACCCUAAAAACAAAGAUAGUGUGGAGCUCAUGAAAUCAUACUUUGAUGUUGAAAACCUUCCCAGUGAAUUUGGGGGAAAAGCCUCUCUGAAGUACGAUCAUGAGGAGUUCUCACGGUUGAUGGCUCAGGAUGAUGUGAAAACUGCAAAGUUCUGGGGAAUUGAUGAGAAGCCCUACCACAUUGGCAAUGGGUAUUCAGUGGCUGAAGUGGCACCAGAGCCAACACCCAUUGCACAGGCAGCAAGCUGAGAGAGCCUGCCCAUCAUCCAGAAUGGUCUGGCAGAAUCAAGUGAUGUAAAAUACAGCCACCGGAUUGAAUCCAACAGAUUAGCUUAAAAUUUAAAUCAACCUAAAUGGGAACUGCAUAUCAAACAUCCAGUUCUUGCCUUUUGUAAUAAACGUCAUUUCUUGUUCUCACUGCUAACCAUUAUAAAUGCUACUUAAGUUUUCUUUCUUGCCCCCUCUCCCCAACAAAAGAUUGAAGAUGCUGCUAGUUUAUUAGUUGGCAUGAGUAAAUAUGA